AGUGGAAAAAAUUGUUGUUCGCCUGAAUUGUGCUUGUACACUGAUGCGACUUUGUCACAAUAGUACGUUUUGAGGCUGUUUGGUGUCGCUGUUGCGUGCAUAUAGAUUGUACGCGCCGAAAUUCAGAACGUCAUUGUCAAACAAACACGAAGAACGCUAUUUCAACACUUUUGAAAUCCUAGUUUACAGUCGGAAAAAUCAAAAGUAAAAGAGGAAUUGCUUCGAAAGAAUCAAGCAAUUGAUUUAUCCACGAUGCCCAUCGCUCGAUUCAAGGGUGUUUUACUUUGCAGUAGCGAAGAUAAGAAUCACCCGGCUACUAACCUUAUAAGCAGUUCAAGCAAAAAAUGGAAAUGCGAAGAAACCGGAUUGGAUUCGGUGUACGUAGUUUUGCAAUUUGAAAAACCGACAAAAAUCAGUGGCAUUGAUAUUGGCAACGAGAAUUCAUCGUUUAUCGAAGUGUCAGUUGGACGAAGUGGAUGGCCGGUUGAAAGAUUCAAGACAAUUUUGGUGUCAUCAUCGUUCAUGACAAUAAUCGACAGUCGAAAUUCGGAAAACCCAAAUCGCGUGCGGUGCUUUAGUAGAGACGCACUGAUGCCAGAAGUGGCGGAAGAAAAAUGGGAACUCAUCAAAGUGACUUGCACACAAGGUUUCAACAAACAUGUUCUAUUUGGAUUGUCGUUCAUCAAAAUUCAUACACCAGACGCUGUUGCAGCAUCGGUUUCAGAAUCUUCACCCGUUAAACCAACUGUACCAAGUGUUACAAGUGUUACAGCAAGUCCGAAAGAGAAGAAAAGUUGUGACGAGGCAUUAGGCUUGCCGAAAACCAGUGUGUUUGCUAAAUUUAGAAUGCGUGUCGACUCAUCUGAUUCAUCAUCGGAUAAAGAAGCUGAGACUUCAUCAUCAUUGUUUUCAAAAUGGAAAAAAGAAAAGGAUACUCCGCUCAAAGACUCACACAAUGUCAGCGCGGCAGCAGCGAUUCGAGAUGCAUCGUCAUCGAUGUCCAAACUGGAACAAUGCACAAAAAUCAAUCACAAAAUCGCAACCCCAACGGGAAAGACAGAAAGGCCAGUUGAUAAUGGUGACAAAAAUUCGAAAGAAGCGCGACUUAACCGAUACCGCCCGGCCAUCUUGUACGACGAGGACGAUGAAAAUACAUCGAAUCCAAGAUUGGAGAAGAUUAUAAACGAAGACAAAGAGCGCAUUGAACGCGAGCGAAUGGAAUUGCUCGAUAAGAAGAAGGGAAAAAAAGAUAUUUCACGUGAGGAAAAAACAAAGAACAAAAUGGAAUCGUCAGCUAACAAGUUCAAAGUGUUUUUGCAAGAUGACAUCCCAAGCCAAUCGAAAGACAACGGUACAAACAAACAAGAUGAUAACGAUGAUAACGAUGAUAACGACGAUGACGAUGACGAUGACGAUGAUAUUGUUGAAGUGAAAGCAUUAUCGCCAGCUAAAGUUGAUCUAACGGCCACUAGCUCACAAGCAUCUCGUUCACCGUCCCCCGAUCCAAGUACACCGCCAGCUUGGAAGGUAAAAAACAAACGUCCAUCGACUUCGAACAAUCUCAGUGACGUUGUUGACGACGAUGACGAUAUUUUUGACGAGAAAACUCAAUCACCUGCGAAGGUUGAUCCGGCGGCACCUGACAGCCCACAAGCAUCGCGUUCACGGUCUCCCGAUCCAAGUACACCACCAGCUUGGAAGGUGAAGAACAAACGCCAGUCGACUUCAAACGAAAGCAGUGCCAGCAAGCGCAGCCGAAAAUCACCAUCACCAGAGCGCAACACACAAAACGACAAACGUUUUGAUGAAAUUUUGCGAGGAGUGGUGUUUGUUAUCAGUGGUAUUCAGAACCCAGAACGCGCUGAUAUGCGGACACAGGGUCUUAAGAUGGGAGCAAAAUACAAGCCAGACUGGGACGACUCAUGCACACAUUUGAUAUGUGCCUUCAAAAACACUCCGAAGUACAAACAGGUGCAAGGCUCUGGCAUAAUCGUGAACAAAGACUGGAUUGGUGAUUGUUUCACGCAAAAGAAAAAGCUACCUUGGCAAGAUUAUCAGCUGUAAAUUUUCUUCCUUAUCGCCAUUUGCAGUUUAUACAUACUUAUGUGAUUUUGUCCCAUGACAAAGUGUUUGUCGUUCCGAAAGAAAAUUUCGUUCUUAUAUACAUAUAAAUCUAAAAGUUCAAUUUGAAAAACUAGAAUAAAAGAAGUUGAAUAAAGACACAGAAAAUUCAUUAAUAAAA